AUGGUGGCCGUGCUGGGCAGCUAUCUCAUUGUCUCCGCGGUAUCUCUCAGCGCGGCCUUGCACACGCCCAUGUACGUCCCGCCGCUGACCCUGGCCCCGGUGGACGUCGUACACACCUCCUCUAUCGUCCCCAGGCUACUGGGGACCACGCUCGGGCCCCGGAAGGCCAUCAUCUACGGUGGCUGCAUGUCCCAGUUCUUUUUCACCUGUUCCCUGGAGUCCGAGAUGGUCCUCUUCACCACCAUGGCCUAUGACCACUGUGCGGCCAUCUGCUUCUCUCUCCUCUAUGCCACCAUCAUGAGCCGGCAGACGUGCCCCGCUCUCCUCGCCGCCCUCUUCCUCAUCGCUGUCACCAACGCUUCGGUGCACAUGGGUCUCAUCCUCCGGCUGACCUUCGGCGGGAUGGGCGCCGUGGACCACUUCUUCUGUGAGAUCCGCGCCCUGCAGGCCAUCUCCUCUACCUCCGUCCAGGCCAACGAAGUGAUGGUCUUCAUGGCUGACAUCGCCCUGUCCAUGGGGGAACUCCUGCUGACCUGCCUCUCCUACAGCGUCAUCGUGGCCGCCAUCCUCCACAUUCCGACGACCGAGGGCAAGAGGAAGGCCUUCUCUAACUGA